GUCGUCUUUAAAACACUACUUUAUCGGCGUCUCGAGCUAACUUUUGCCCUUCGGACUCUAUUUAAUCCGGGCAGGCUCAUAUCAGCUUUGAGGCUGUUUAGUGGAUAUACCUUGUGUCCAAGGAACGAGGAGAGUAGAGGAAACCGAUGCUGUUGAGGUGAUUCCUGAACCCUUACGAAUCCAGCGCUCAUCCCGAGCUCUCUCCAUACAUGUGCCUUGAGCAGCUCAGGUAUCGCAGUGGGUCACUGUGCUGAGGGACUUGGUGACAUUAACAGCUCAUGCCUUGGUUAUUUCCAUCAUCUCUGAUGGAUCUCCGACUGACCUUAUUGACGCUCGGCACACUACUGAUUCUCGUGACCUCUGGGCCGCGACCAUCCAUUGGACAGAAGGUUUUCACGAACACGUGGGCCGUCCACAUAGCUGGGGGAGAGCAGGAAGCUGACCGGAUUGCCAAGACACAUGGCUUUGUAAACCAGGGGAAUAUAUUUGGAGAUUAUUAUCACUUUCAGCACCAUGCGGUGGAGAAGAGGUCUUUAUCAGAGCACAGUGAAACACACGACCGUCUCCAAUCAGAACCACAGGUACUGUGGGCGGAACAGCAGGUGGUGAGGCGAAGGACGAAGAGAGAUAUUUACUACGAGCCAGUCGAUCCGAAGUUUACACAGCAGUGGUACUUGAACAAUGAGGAACAUCGAGACCUCAACGUGAAAGAAGCCUGGAAGCAGGGAUUCACCGGACAAGGCGUCGUGGUGUCCAUUCUGGACGAUGGGAUCGAGAAAAAUCACCCAGACCUGAUUCAGAACUACGAUCCUGACGCUAGUUAUGAUGUAAACGACGGCGACCCAGACCCUCAGCCAAGAUACACCCAACUGAAUGAUAACAGACAUGGGACACGCUGUGCCGGCGAGGUCGCCGCUGUUGCCAACAAUGACAUCUGUGGCGUCGGGGUGGCAUACAAUGCCAAGAUCGGAGGGGUGCGAAUGUUGGAUGGUGAGGUCACAGACGUGGUGGAAGCUCAGUCCCUCAGUCUCAACCCACAGCACAUCGACGUCUACAGCGCCAGCUGGGGACCCGAAGAUGACGGCAAAACGGUGGAUGGACCCGCGAAAAUGGCCAAGGAAGCUUUUCUGCGCGGCGUGACAGAGGGCCGUGGUGGACGGGGCUCCAUCUUCGUUUGGGCGUCGGGGAAUGGGGGACGGGAGAGGGACAGCUGUAAUUGCGACGGCUACACCAACAGCAUCUACACGCUGUCUAUCAGCAGCAGCACGCAGAGCGGGAACGUGCCGUGGUACAGCGAGGCCUGCUCCUCCACGCUCGCCACAACCUACAGCAGCGGAGGACUCAAUGAGAAACAGAUUAUCACUACAGACCUCAGGCAGAAGUGCACAGACUCCCACACAGGCACCUCAGCCUCUGCUCCUCUGGCCGCCGGGAUCAUCGCCCUCGCACUCGAGGCAAAUAAAAACCUAACAUGGAGAGACAUGCAGCAUCUAGUCGUGAGGACAUCAAACCCCGCCCACCUCUCCACAAACGACUGGAAGAAAAAUGGAGUGGGUCGUCGAGUGAGCCAUUCAUAUGGAUAUGGAUUGUUGGACGCGGGGGCCAUAGUCGCUCUAGCAAAGAACUGGACAAAUGUUGGACCACAGCAGAAGUGUGUCCUGUCUAUGUUGUCUGAGCCUAGGAACAUCGGGAGUCAUUUGGUUAUCACUACAACUGUGGACGCCUGCGCUGGCACUCCCAACUUUGUGAGCUCGUUAGAGCACGCCCAAGCCCAGCUCACCCUGUCCUACAACCGCAGAGGAAAUCUGGCCAUCUACCUGGUCAGCCCACAGGGGACCCGAUCCACAUUGCUGGCACCACGACCUCACGAUUACUCCUCGGAGGGCUUCAAUGACUGGGCUUUCAUGACCACCCACUCCUGGGACGAGGACCCUCGUGGAGAAUGGAGCCUGGAGAUUGAAAACACGGCUGGAACCAGCGAUUACGGCACUUUGACUCAGUUCACUCUGGUCCUGUACGGCACUGCUUCCAGUUUGCCCGGCUCUUCCACGCCAGACUCCGGAGAGACAGUUGACAGCAGCUGCAAAACCUACGACCUCAAUCAGAUCUGCACAGAGUGUAACCCCGGGUUCUACCUGUACCAGAAGGGCUGCGUGAGAGACUGUUCACCCGGCUUCACGCCAGGCACCCGCUCCACUUUCCUCCCCAACAACGAGGUGUCGUCCGUCCACCACCCCGCCUGCCUGCCCUGUCACGAAGUCUGCCUCACCUGCAGUGCCACAGGACCUCAGGACUGCCUCUCCUGCCCCCCUCACAGCCACCUGGACCUGGUCACCAGCACCUGUUUGCACCAGAACCAGAUCCAUCGAGAGACUCAGGACAGUCGGACGGGCGGCGACGGCUCAUCCAGGAACCUCGGUCCCCAACUUGCCUCUCACCUGCCCGCAGUCGUGGCAAUGCUCAGCUGUGCCUUCAUCAUGGCCACGUUCGUGGUCGUGUUCGGCCUACUCCAGUUUCGCAGCCGCAAACAGAACAAACAGAACUCUGCUGAGGCGGUGCCGGGCUCCGGAUUACUGGUGGGGCUGGGAUUGAAUCGAACCGCAGUCGCAUAUAAGGGCAUCCCCAGCGUUUGGCGGGAGGACGACGUGAAUUCGGAGUCUGAGAACGAGGAGUUUGAUAUCCACAACGAGAGGACAGCCUUCAUCAAAACACAAAGUGCUCUUUAACCCUUUCUUCACCACGUCCCACCCUGUUGUCUCUUUUUGUAGCCACCGGUUGUUCUUCUCUUCUGGGGCUCUUCUGACUUCCUGUUUCUCUCUCUCUGGGUUUUUUUCGUGUUUUUCUCACCUCUAUUAGUUUUGAGCCAUGAUUCACGUUGAUUGAUGCGGUGCCUCUGUGUGGAACGCUUCCAAUCCCAACGAGGAGAUGUUGAUCGGGAUGUCUUUAAACAAUAAAAAUGUGUUUAUGGUUUGGGCCUCUUCCUUGAGAUUUAAAAAUGAAGGAGGGUUUUUUUUAUAGAGUGAGUGUAACCGUUUAUAUAAAGUCAGACCGCGUGGCAGCAAUUUAACGCCGCUGGCUUUGCAGGGAGCCUUUUAGAAGAACAUAUCACUAUUUGUCCAUGGUCAGGAUCUAAAGACAAGGACGUGUCGUGUUUUACAUACACACUUGGUUGUAGAGCUCACUGCUCCCCCAAGAGCUUUUACAUGGAUAUAUUUUUGUGGGAAGUUCAAAGAUUACUUCACCCAAUAAUAAAUCUUUUGUAAUUUACUCACGCUGAGGAUGUUAAGAAUCCAUGUGACCUUUCUGUGAACAAAAAAUAUGAAAGAUAUUUUAAUGGUUUGUGUGAAAUUACAAACGAUUUGGAUCAUAUGAUAGCUUAUGUUUGCUUUAUACGUCACACAAAGCUGUGUUGCUUUAAAAAAACGUUUUAUGAUUUUUCAAUUAAACGAUUAAACGCAUCCAGAAUUAGAGUACAUGUUUACUUAAUAUUUAACAGUACAUAUUUAUUUAAAACGUUGUUUAAGAGAAAUAUAAAAUCAUAUGUUUAUGUAUAAUAUACAUAUGAUGUUUUUAUUGUGCAUUCCAAUUAAUAUCAUUCAACUGCAGUUAGUUGGUUUGUUUUGAUCUAAGCCAUAAUAACUAAAAAAAUACAGCUGACCAACAACAUAAAAAAGAUUUUUUUACUCAUUUUGGAAACAAAGUAUUCUUAUUCCUAAAUAUUUAUUUGUAUGUGUUUGUGUUUCUAAAUACUAAAUAAAUAUGCACAAUACACAGGAAUAUAUUAUGCAAACACAAACUUUUAUUCUGGAUGCAAUUAAUCGUAGGAACAGCCCUACUUUGGACACAAACAGCUACAAUCACCAUUUGUAUUCAUUGUAUAAAACCGACUAUCCUGAUUAUGGCUUAAAAUUUAUCUUGGUUUUCACGAAAGAAAGCUUUUCAUGUGGGUUUGAAAUGUUACGAGGAUUAGUAAAUGACAGAUUUUGUCCAGUAAACAUGUUAUCUUUAAAACCUGUAACCCUCCGCUACAGUCAUGAGGGUAAAAUACUAGACAAGAUUUCUUCCGGAGGACAUGACAUCCUUUUUAUGCUCAUAGUGGUUGUUCGUGUAGCUGAUGGGUGAGGUCAGGGGUCCUCAGCAUUCUGCCGUCAUCAUAUGCUGGUUUAGCAUUAUCUGCUUCUCAAAAAUAUUGUUGUUGCUGAACAAAGCAUCAGUUUAUAGAGAAAGAGCGUACUGUGGCCAGUUAUAAAACACUCACAAACUAUUUACGCUCUCUGCAGCCUUGUAAAAUUUGUAGUCGUACCAGACUGUUGUUCAUCGGGUAACCAAACACUCUUAUCACAGUAGAUGCAUCAGUACAGUUUAUUUGAAUUCAAAAUGCAUCCUGUUUAUCUUCGCCCACCCCUUUUUUUUUUACUCACUGUGGGUGUUAAAUAUCUCAAGACUUUACAGUGUUGUUGUUUCCUUCCGUUAAAUAAGUUGCCCUCUUGCAAAACAAUUGUUUUGCUCCAUAGCAAUAGAAAAAUUGAAUAUGAAAAUAUAAAAUUUAUAUACGCCCCCCCUUCAGUGCUGAUUGGGAAUUACAGCAGUGCAUUUAAAAGCCUCAAGAUAUGACCAAAGACCAGAGGAUAAAUAUCUGUUUUACCAAAAGGAAUAACCUAUGUGAAAAAUACAAUUAAUGUGAUUAUUUUUUUUAUUUAAUUAUUCUCCGAAAUGUGUGUAAAGGGGCUGUUGUAAUCCUGAGAUCUAUUGUAUUGCGGUCACAACGCCUUGGUGUAACGGAAAAAGAUUUUACACCAGCCAAACUCAGUCUGGCUUCACCUUUAUGUUGCAAUGAUUUGGUUGCAUAAGCUUUAAUGUCAUUGUGUUCAUGCUCAAGCCUCAUUCACACUAAACUUUCAGGACUCAUAGGAUGUUACUUCCACCUGUACAAGAAUCAACUGAUGCAUGUAGAGCCCCGAAUUAAAGAUACCAAUCAUUUGUAUGACUACCUGAGAUGGGACAGCUAUAUAAGAAUAAGGCCUAUUUUUGUACUAUAUAUGGUGCAUUGUCAUUUACAUGUAGCCUAAUUUAAAGAUUAUUUUGCUCUUUAUUUCUUAUUUAAUUGAUGUCAAUAUGCGAAUUAUAGAUUAUACAAAAUUAAAAAUCUAUGCAAACCUCA